CUUGAACCGCCUCAUCUCCAGUCGCGCAGCCUCCUCAUACCCUUCGCCGUUGCCGACAGACCAUAAUAUACCAACCACCACCUACAUUACUCGCAGGUAGCACAGUGUCAUCCUACAACACCUGCCCCCUCCAAUUCUUCACCACUACUGUGCUGUCGCACUACACAGGACGCUCGUUACACCAUCGAUAGACAACGGUUCUUCCACGGUUCUUCCACCACCCGCGUGUUCGCCUCUGACCUUACUUUACCCUCGCUUCAACCAGCCCGUUCGCACCCCGUCCGAGCCUUCCUCUCCCUCCCUUUACACUCGCAUCUAUCUACAGUCAGUCAGUCACCAUGCCUGCCACCACAACAACGACCAUAACUACACCAAUCACACGGGAAAACGUAACGACUCUAUUCCCCGAAGUGCGCACGACACUGAUCGGAGCGGACAUGGCUCCCAAUUCCACUGCCACAUCCAACAACACUUCCAAUGGCACCUCACCCAACAACUCUUCUUCUUCCUCCUCGGCAGACGACAGUCUGGCCGGCUACGACGAAGAACAAAUCCGACUCAUGGACGAAGUCUGCAUCGUCCUCGACCACAACGACCAACCGAUCGGAUCAGCAUCCAAAAAAGCAUGCCACCUAAUGACCAACAUCUCCCAAGGCCUGUUACACCGAGCAUUCAGCGUCUUCCUAUUCGACCCAACCACGAAAAAACUGCUUCUUCAACAACGGGCCUCUGAAAAAAUAACCUUCCCCGACAUGUGGACCAACACCUGCUGCUCGCACCCGCUCGCACACCCCAGCGAAACAGGCCACGGCGACCUAGCCAGCAACGUCGAGGGAGCGAAACGCGCCGCCGUGCGCAAACUAAACCACGAAUUGGGCAUCCCAGCAGACCAGGUGCCGAUACAGAAUUUCCACUACCUCACGAGAAUCCACUAUCUUGCGCCCAGCGAUGGGAAAUGGGGCGAACAUGAAAUCGAUUAUAUCUUGUUCAUCGAGGCGGAUGUCACACUCGAUAUCAAUAAGAAUGAAGUCCGUGAUACGCGCUGGGUCAGUCCGGAUGAGCUGCGUCAGAUGUUUAGGGAUGUCGAGUCCCAGAGUGGGAAGGAUAAGGCUCUCAAAUAUACGCCUUGGUUUAGGCUCAUUUGUGAGGGUAUGUUGUUUGAUUGGUGGGAGAAAUUGGUCCAGGGCCGGUUGGGGGAAGUUGCUGGCGAGACGGAGAUUCGAAGAAUGUAAUAGACAACAACAAAGAACAAGUUGAGACCCAGAUUCAAGAUAGAAGCUAGCAGCGCGUCGUUUGGCUUGGUCUUGGUUUGGUUUGGCUUGGUUUUGGUGACCAGGUUUUCUCUUCUACAUUCCUAUGAUUAUUCUUUGUCUUUCUAUUUCCCUGUUUAUUCGAGUGUGUAGCGACAAUACCCCAACGUCGGCGCGCGUGAGACUUGAGCUGCACCGCAUUCUCUAAGAGCCGAAACCUGGUAUCCACGUCUAAGAGCUCCUCCUCUACAAGUUUGUCCUCACACCUUGAACCCACAGUGUCUUUCUGCCAUGGGCCUACGUGAAGAUCGGUUUCAGCAGCCACUGGCGGGUUGCAAUCAAGGACGCAAAGGCCAACCAACAAGAUGGGAUGUCGCCAUCGGUAUCCCAACUGGAUUUCGUGGGUUCAUGUACAAGUAUCGCGAGACGAUUGCAAGUCACUGGCAGCCCUAAGUGCUACAUGUUCACAUGGUGUACAUGAAGGACGACCUUCAACUUUGACGCGAGACAGAGCCAUGAUCUUGACUGCGUCUAUGUCUCUUUCUACCUAGUAUUGUAACUAUGGAAAAACAUAUAUAACUCGCUGAAAUCGACCGCUGGCCAAC